AGUCAGGAUGGAAUAAUUCUUGGAUGAGUCUUUUCUUAUAUUACAGCAGUAAAUUAUAGUAGAGUACAACCCGGACCUAAGAUAUUAGGUAUUUCUUUCUGAGCAUGUAGGCUAUUAGAAUGUUCUUCAUUUCUGUUGCGCCUGUACUAGUACGUCAACGGGCUCUAAAUCCUAUGCCUAUCCCCCUGACCCUGUUACGACCUCUCGACUUCAUCGUUGCUAGUUGUCUCUUCUCGUCCCCUUCUAUUCACAGCUAGAGACUUGAUCUUAGUCAAUCCCGUUAGAAAUUUGCGUGUACUACUUUCUCAUCUUGGCCCUAGUUACUACAAAAUCAAAAAAAUGUCCGACGCCGACUACGUGCAGGAUUGCCGGUUAUUGGAAUCGGGCAUCCGCAACGUGCAGAAUUCUGCCUACAACAUCCACAAGGAACUCACCAUCGCCGACAGCUCCUCCCUCCUCCAAACCCGGUCUUUAAUCGACGCCUCGAUCGCCCAGAUUGCGGAGUUGCAGACCGUGUUGAAAUAUCAAAUACAAGUAUGAUGUCUGGGUCUGGAAAGAACUUGUAAUGCUGAAUGGCCACGAUUGACUGUGACUCAAACGCUCUGUCAUGCGCAGGACGCAUUAGAUUACAAACUGCGUUUUUGCAUGACGAAAGUGUGGCGCUUUAUUUGCUGCUUAUGCAAUACAGAUUUUUUGGGAGUGCCAAACACGCAAGACUACAGGUUCAGCUUUUUCUUAUUUUGAUUUUCCAGACCCAGGCAUAUUAUAUUUGCAAUGCAUAUGAAACGACUCCGGGCCUACACACAGAACGCGAACGACGUGACGGAGAAGGCGUCGAGAAAACAGAUGUACCAGCAGCUCUCCAUGAAGCUCCAAGCUGCGGCCAAGGACUUGGAAAACGAGAUCCAGCAGUACAUCAACGCCUGCAACGUGCAGAGAAGUACCAGUCCGUCAACCUCCACAGGAGGGAUUGGAGCUGGAAAUAGCAAUAGGCAACAGGCUGGAUCGAGUACAACAACUUCACACGAACUUAUCGACAUGUCUUCAGGCGGGGGAGCAGGUGGUCGCGCGGGCGGUGGUUCAUCUUCAAGUUCCUCCGGCGCCGGCGGGUUGAACCUGCAGAACAACUACAACCAGGACCCGCUAAUCCCGACGACGUCUUCAAAUAACGCAUAUAAUACAACUACCGGGAGCUCUACUUCCUCCAGCACGGCAAGUAGUAGCUCGAGGUCGAACAAUGUUAAUAAUCUUCCGUAUGGAACAAUAAUAAACCAACCUCAACUUUCCCAGUUCCAGCAGCAGGCCCAGAAAUCCUUCCUAGGCCAGGAGAUCACCGAUGCGGAUUUGGAGCAGGGCAGGUACGAGCGGAUGGUUUCUGUUCAAACGCGGAUGGAAGACUUGCAGAACCUCUACACCGAUCUCUCCGACCACGUCAGCCGCGCGAGCGAGCAUAUCGUAUUUAAAAACGUCCCCAGACCCAGAGUCGUAAUCAUGCAAAGCUGCAUGCUCAGAAUGUUUCUCAUGCGGAGCCCCAUGAGCAGCAUUUUCUAGUCGUGUUUUGCAAUUUGUCAAGCUCCAAUCUGCAUGAUAAACUAGAUCUGUGAUACUGCUGAGCUAGCUCAAACAGCACUACGCUACGAGUCCAAAUUUGUCAUGCACGAGAGCCAAAACUUGUGGACUUGUCUAGCCGAUUCCCCAUCUUGACUAUGGGGUGGGGACGUUUUUACAUAGGAUAGAGCAGUUCGCGUCCAUAGAAGCGCACGUGCUGCGCACCGCGGAAAUGACGCACGACGCGGUGAACGAAAUCAAGAUAACGGCAAACCGCGACUUCCGACAACUGUUCAGGAGGAUGAUGAUGGGCAUUGUCGUGUUCCUGUUCUUCCUGUGGAACUUCUUCUUCUGAGGAACGACAAGGAAUUUCAGGAUGUUUUAUUUGUUGACUGCUGUUUAACAUGUUCAUCUGCACCUCAAAAAAGUAAAGGGCGGGCAAACCUCAAACUGAACUUGGUGUUCAUCGGUGUCGAGAAUACAGAUCAGAAUACUUUUAGUAAGUACGUACUUUCGAAAUUUAGCGACAACGACAGACAAUAAAGCAACGCGAU